AGGCCGGCACGGCACAGCAAAACAUACGCGCAAACCCCAAACAGAAGAAGCCAGCAACGGCGGCGGCAGCAGCAGCAGCAAGAUAAAAGGAAGCGGGGGGAGAGGAAUCCACCACUGCUGCCGAUGGGGGAUGCUAAGCCGUCGGUGCUUAUCCCGAUGACCAGCCGCGACCGGGACCGCGACCCGCUCGUGCCGCCCACCGCCGCCGCCGCCGCAACGUCAUCCAGCGCCGUCGCGGGCUCCGAUGACGACGAUGAGUCCAAACCAUCCUCCGCCUCCGCCGCCUCCGCGGCGGCGCAGACCGGCCGCGAGGCAUUCCACAAGGUCGUGCAUAGCUGGGCUUCCAAGAAGUUCAUGACCGGAUGUGUAAUCCUUUUCCCGAUUGCAGUUACAUUCUAUAUAACAUGGUGGUUCUUUUGCUUUGUGGACGGCUUUUUCUCUCCAAUAUAUGCUCAUCUGGGAAUCAAUAUAAUCGGCCUUGGUUUUGUAACUUCCAUAUCGUUCAUUUUUGUGGUUGGAGUGUUCAUGUCUUCUUGGCUCGGGGCUUCUGUUCUUGGUCUGGGAGAGUGGUUUAUAAAGAGAAUGCCAUUUGUUCGACAUAUUUACAAUGCAUCUAAACAAAUCAGUGCUGCCAUUUCACCUGAUCAAAACAAGCAUGCAUUCAAGGAAGUGGUCAUCAUAAGGCAUCCUCGAAUUGGUGAAUAUGCUUUUGGAUUUAUCACUUCAGAAGUUCUACUUCAGAGCUAUUCUAGAGAGGAAGAGUUGUACUGUGUAUAUGUCCCAACAAACCAUCUUUAUAUUGGGGACAUGUUUCUGAUCACCUCGAGCGAUGUUAUUAGACCAAACUUAUCUGUCCGUGAAGGCAUUGAGAUUGUUGUCUCCGGGGGCAUGUCAAUGCCUCAAGUAUUAUCAAUAUUGGAAACAGAGGACAACCAAUUGAACAGGAUGAGAUCUAGUACGUCGAAGCUGAGAUAGCUCCUAACAUACCAGAUUAUUUAUCUACUCUACCAUCGAACCAUUGCUGGUCACAGUAAGUACCAGAAUAGGAUUGUACAAUUCUCUUGGCCGGAAUGGGCAAUCUUUUGUACACUCUCUGAAGCAUUCACUUACUGCACACUACCUGAAGUAGUCAAUCGACCAUAAUCUGCGUGUGUGUGGGCUCACUUGUCUAAGAAUCAAGCCUAGCCCCUUCAGAAACCGACAUAUGUUAUGUUCGGUAAAUGACAGGCCUGCUUACCCGGUAUAAUAUAAUUUCUUAGCAUAAUCUUUUGGUAUCCAGGAGCUUUAGGUCUGGCAAUUUCUCUAGAGCUUCCAAUGUUUGUUGACCUAAAGAACUACCAUUGUGGGUUAUCAUGUAUAAGUUCCUGCAUGAGAUUAUAUUCCCGAUGUACAUUAUGUAGAGGUGCAUUUUAACUAUGAAUUUAGUAGGACUUGUCA